AAUUUGUCUACUGAACUUCGAUCCAAACGAACGAAAUCGAAAGACCUAAUGUCAACUUCAACACCGAACCUCUCUCGUUCAACUUCUUCAUUUCAGCUCACUCAAUCAACCCCAACGCUACCUCAUCAAAUCGUUUCAGCUGCACACGCUCUCUCUCCUCUUGAUGACCUUCAUCUUGCUCAUCUUGUUCAUUCAAUCAAACCAUUAGCACCUUCUUGGUCCUUUCAAAGCUCAAACUAUUCAAAUCCAUCGGGUCCUUCAAUCGAAUCUAAUGAUCGACUUAGAACAGACGAAUUGGCUGACCUACCUGCACCUGAAGCUGAACGUCUCCAUGCGGCUUAUGAUAUAGAAGAUCAUCUUGAUUCUACUCCUGAUCGAUUAUUAGUCUUUGGACCUUAUGCUUCCCUCUCAGAUAUUUUGGAAGAGGUAAAAUCCGUCUUACGAAACAAAAUGAAAAAGUUAUCAAACAAUUCCAAGGCUCUAAGCAAUCAGAAACCAUCCGAUCCUACCAAUUCAACUCGUUACAAUCGUCAGGUGGAGGUCUAUGUGGCUAGACUAUGGUUUCAACCUCUGGAAGGUCCCGCUGGGUCAUACAAAUGGGAAAAAGGAGGGGCGGAUCUCAUUCGAUUCGAAAUGGCAAAGGAACCAGCUCAGGAUGGGAAGGAAAUCUUCAAUUGGUCACCGGUUGAGGUGGCUCUAUCUCAAGCACUCGAGAUCGGACAUCAACUCUUGGCUUUAUUACAUUUACGACACUUUGAUGAGAUCUUAUCAACUAUGAAUCAAUCCUCUGAAUUCUGUGCUAUUGAUCCUAUCAUCUGGCUUGUCGAUCCUGUUGAAUAUGCUCAUGCUCAACUAAGAGAGACCACUGAAUGGGGUUGGUCAGAGCAUCAUGUCGAUUAUACACCUCCUUCAUCUUCUGAUGGGACCAGUCCUUCGAUCACCAAACUCACCACCUCUGGUCCCAUCCAUCAGCUUCACAGACCUCUUCCACGAUCACGAUUGUCUCAAGAGAUUGGUAUAUCUGAUCAUCACAAUCCUUCAACUGAAGCUCACUAUCCAACGAUCCCAUUCCAAGAGAAUCUACCACUCCAACCCUUGAACAAAAGCUCUCCAGCUUCUCCAGAUAACCUUCCUAGAUGGUUAGACGACCUACUUGAUCGACGAUUACCAAGAAUCCUUUCUUUGCCAGAUGGAUGUCUUUCAUAUGAUUUAUUAGAUCAAUCUUAUCAAACGCCUACUACAGUGAUUUCUAAUCGAUGCUUUCCAAUCCUUCAAUCACGUUCACCUUUAAAAUUAGAGUCACUCUUAUCACCACCACUUGAUUCAACUCCAAAACAAUUACUCAAAAGUCUUUCACCUCCCUUACAACUCAAUUCAUCAGAUCUAACACCCACCUCAGUCCGUUCUACUGAUCUACAUUACAUACCUAAUCCAGGACCGGUGAAACAAGAUUUCGUAUGGGACAAUGGAGAAUGGAUUUGUAAAGCGAAUCCAUUAAAAUAUUAUCAUUGUAAAGUAUGUGCAGAACAUGCCUUUAAGAUUGCAUUAUCACAUCGAUUGAAUGAAGAAAAAGGAUUAAGAAGACCUGAAUGUCCACCAUCUAAAUCGAUCACAACUGGAAUCGGAUUAGGAUUAAAAGGUAGAGCUAUUAAAGAAGCAAUGGAUAGAGAAGAUGAUGAGUUUUUGAAUUUACAGAUUAAAGGAUGUAUUGAAGAUCAUCAAGAAUUAAUUAAUAGGAAUCGAUCUGGAUCUUGUUGUUUGAAAGGAAAUCGAUUGGGUUGGGAUGAAGGUGAAGCUGUUGAAGAUGGAUAG